AUGGAGGAGCCGAGUCUGAGGAAGAGGAAAGAAGAUGAGCAGUCGGAGCAGGAUAAAGUACCCAAGAGCACGAGUCUCCAAAAAGAGCUGGGCCUUUUCAGCGGCGUCUGCAUCAUCGUGGGCUCCAUCAUCGGCUCCGGAAUCUUCAUUUCCCCCAAAUCUGUGCUGAGCAACACGGAAGCCGUGGGGCCCUGUCUCAUCGUAUGGGCAGCUUGUGGGAUCCUCGCCACACUGGGUGCCCUGUGCUUCGCGGAGCUUGGCACGAUGAUCACCAAGUCGGGCGGCGAGUACCCUUACCUGAUGGAGGCCUUCGGCCCCAUCCCCGCCUACCUCUUUUCCUGGACCAGCCUGUUCGUCAUAAAGCCCACGUCCUUUGCCAUCAUCUGCCUCAGCUUUUCCGAGUAUGCCUGUGCGCCCUUCUACACGGGCUGCAAUCCCCCGGAGCUGGUGGUUAAGUGCCUGGCAGCUGCUGCCAUCUUGUUCAUCAUCACGGUGAACGCCAUGAGCGUGCGGCUGGGGAGCUACGUCCAGAACGUGUUCACAGCAGCCAAGAUGGUGAUCGUGGCCAUCAUCAUCAUCAGCGGAUUCGUGCUCCUGGCCAAAGGAAAUACAAAGAACUUUGAGAAUUCUUUUGAGGGCGCACAACUGACCGUGGGCUCCAUCAGCUUGGCCUUCUACAACGGGCUCUGGGCCUAUGACGGGUGGAAUCAGCUCAAUUAUAUCACGGAGGAACUGAAAAACCCUUUCAGGAACCUGCCGCUGGCCAUCAUCAUCGGGAUCCCCCUGGUGACGUGCUGCUACAUCCUCAUGAACGUGUCCUACUUCACCGUGAUGACGGCGACCGAGCUCCUGCAGUCCCAGGCGGUGGCCGUGACGUUUGGUAACCGCGUCCUCUACCCCGCCUCGUGGGUGGUCCCCCUAUUUGUGGCUUUCUCCACCAUCGGUGCAGCCAAUGGGACAUGCUUCACCACGGGCAGGCUCGUCUACGUGGCCGGCCGCGAGGGCCACAUGCUCAAGGUGCUGUCCUACGUCAGCGUCCGGCGCCUCACGCCUGCCCCUGCCAUCAUCUUCUACGGCAUCAUCGCAACCAUUUACAUCAUCCCUGGUAACAUCAACUCCUUGGUCAAUUACUUCAGUUUUGCUGCAUGGAUGUUUUAUGGCUUGGCAAUUCUGGGGCUGAUUGUGAUGAGGUUUACGAAGAAAGACAUGAAAAGACCUAUCAAGGUGCCCAUUGUCAUCCCCAUCCUGGUGACCCUCGUCUCCGCGUUCCUGGUGGUGGCCCCGAUCGCCAGUGAGCCUGCGUGGGAGUACCUCUACUGCGUGAUAUUCAUACUGAGCGGCCUCGUGUUUUACUUCCUCUUUGUCCGGUGUAAGUUUGCAUGGACCCAGAAAAUCUCCAACCCGAUCACCAUGCACCUUCAGAUGCUGAUGGAAGUGGUCCCGCCAGAGGAAGCUCCCGAGUAGCGAGUAGUCAUCGGCAGUCAAGGCCAAGUUGGGAUGAAUUUAUUUUUGUAAGCAGUAUUUGUGGUUAUUCCUUAUGUUUUUCUUAAGAAAAAAUAGAUUUGGAUGUUUAUAACCUGGUGUUUUCGGCUGUCCUUAUUCUCUGUGUGGGGUGGGGGUCUCUGGCAUCGCAGGUGAGGGUGUAACCUUCCAUGGAACAGUGGCGAGGGAGGGAGGAACACCGCAGAGCGGGGGUGAUGCCAACAGGGCACACAUCACCCCUAUUUAAGCCAAGGGUGUCCGUCCAAUGCAGGGAUCAAGAAGGUGCAUGCCUAUUUUAUGUGAUAUUCUAGAGCCUUUACUUUGAGUAUUUUUUGCCAGGAAGCGCCCCCCCCCCCCCCCACAGUACGGCUGCCCUGGCAUUUAAUGGGGGUGGAUGGAGCCGUCUUCCCAGGCUGGCGGCAACAGCAGCGGCCCAGGACCAGCCGGGCCGCCGCGCCCGCCCGCAGGGCGCCAGGCUGUAGCACAGGCUCC